AUGGCCGAGCUCAUCGCCGGAGCGCUGCUGGAAAUCAUAGCCGUCGACUGCAUAUUUCCCAGGGCGAGGCCAUGCAACCCUCAACUGGGCGCUUCCCGUUGGACCAGCCAGUCGCCUAAUGCUUUGGCUGAAGAAAGUCACCUCCUUUUGGCCAGCAGGAGUCGAGCCUUCUACUGCCACGGCUUUUAG